UAAAAAUCAAAAGGCGUAAACAAAUAUUUUUAAAACAGUAGCAUCUGAGAUUGAAGAUGGAGAGGAUAAUAAUUGUCAGUGCCGUGUGCUCAAUACAGUUCCUGAUUUAUAAUUUUUCAAAUGUAGGAUAUGUUCAUUCUGAAGAAUCAGAAUCAUUUAAGUGUGAAGGUGAUGGGAAUUAUCCUCACAUUAACGAUUGUAAAGGUUAUUACACAUGUAAAGAUGGAGAAUCAACAGAUAACGUUUGCCCUGAAAACACUUCGUAUGAACCAAGCAAGCAGAAAUGUAUGAAUUUUUACAAAUGGGCAAGGUGUAAAAGGCCAGAUUGCUCAAAUGAAAGUCUCCGGUAUGUACCACAUCCUGGAAGCAACAAGGUUUAUGUUGAGUGUUUUAAUAAAGUUCCAAAAUCUAUGACUAUUUGUCCUAAUGAUACAGAAUAUUCCAUAAGGAAUACCCCACCUUGCGAUAAAUCAUGCGAAGACUACGGUUUCUAUCCAAAUGAAGAAAAUCCCCAGGUAUUCUUUAUGUGUAUGGAAGUAGGCGAACACAAAAAGAGUGUUGGUUUUGUUUGUCCAGAAAAGUACAAACUAAAAAAAAUAAAAAUUGGAGUAAUGUGUGUAAAAAAGGAGAAAGAUAUUCCGAGUUUAUUAUUAUAACAUUAUAUAUUUGUGUUAUUAUUAAAUACUAAUAUCCACAUUAUUAUAUCCAAUAUUAAUAUGUUGUAUAUAAAUAUUAAAUCAUUUAGAACUGUUUUGUAAUUUCAUUUGAAAAAUUAUUUAUCCUCAAAAACCAUUAAAAGUUAUGUUUAAAUAAAUAGCUAGUUAUUUAU